AUGUCGCUGAAAUCGGCGGCGGCGGCGGCGGCGAAAGCGGCGGCGGCGGAGAAAGUGGUGGCGGCGGCGAAAGCGGCGGCGGCGGCGAAAGCGGCGGCGGCUGCGAAAGCGGCGGCGGCGAAAGCGGCGGCGGCGGCGGCGAAAGCGGCGGCGGCGGCGGCGGCGAAAGCGACGGCGGCGGUGGCGGCGGCGAAAGCGGCGGCGGUGGCGGCGGCGAGAACGGCGGCGGCUGCGAAAGCGGCGGCGGCGAAAGCGGCGGCGGCGGCGAAAGCGGCGGCGGCGAAAGCGGCUGCGGCGGCGAAAGCGGCGGCGGCGAAAGCGGCUGCGGCGGCGGCGGCGAAAGCGGCUGUGGCGGCGGCGGCGAAAGCGGCUGCGGCGGCGGCGGCGAAAGCGGCGGCGGCGGCGAAAGCGGCGGCGGCGGCGAAAGCGGCGGCGGCGGCGGCGAAAGCCGCGGCGGCGGCGAAAGCGGCGGCGGCGGCGAAAGCGGCGGCGGCGGCGAAAGCGGCGGCGGCGGCGAAAGCGGCUGCGGCGGCGGCGGCGAAAGCGGCUGCGGCGGCGGCGGCGAAAGCGGCUGCGGCGGCGGCGGCGAAAGCGGCUGUGGCGGCGGCGGCGAAAGCGGCGGCGGCGGCGAAAGCGGCGGCGGCGGCGAAAGCGGCGGUGGCGGCGAAAGCGGCGGCGGCGGCGAAAGCGGCGGCGGCGGCGAAAGCGGCGGCGGCGGCGAAAGCGGCGGCGGCGGCGAAAGCGGCGGCGGCGGCGAAAGCGGCGGCGGCGAAAGCGGCGGCGGCGGCAGCGAAAGCGGUGGCGGCAGCAGCAGCGGCGGCGGCAGCGAAAGCGGCGGCGGCGGCGGCGGCAGUGGCGGCGGCAGCGGCGGCGGCGGCGGCGGCGGCGGCGGCAGCGGCGGCGGCGAAAGCGGCGGCGGCAGCGGCAGCGAAAGAGGCAGCGGCGGCGGCGGCGGCAGCGAAAGUGGCGGCGGCGGCGGCAGCGAAAGUGGCGGCGGCGGCGUCGGAAGCGGCGGCGGCGAAAGCGGCGGCGGCGAAAGCGGCGGCGAAAGCGGCGGCGGCAGCGAAAGCGGCGGCGGCGGCGGCAGCGAAAGCGGCGGCGGCGGCGGCAGCGAAAGCGGCGGCGGCGGCGGCAGCGAAAGCGGCGGCGGCGAAAGCGGCGGCGGCGAAAGCGGCGGCGGCGAAAGCGGCGGCGGCGGCAGCGAAAGCGGCGGCGGCAGCGGCAGCGGCGGCGGCGGCGGCGGCGGCAGUGGCGGCGGCGGCAGCGGCGGCGGCGGCAGCGGCGGCGGCGGCAGCGGCGGCGGCGGCGGCAGCGGCGGCAGCGGCGGCGGCGGCGGCAGCGGCGGCGGCGGCGAAAGCUGCGGCGGCGAAAGCGGCGGCGGCGGCGGCGGCGGCGGCGAAAGCGGCGGCGGCGGCGGCGGCGAAAGCGUCGGCGGCGGCGGUGAAAGCGGCGGCGGCGGCGGCAGCGAAAGUGGCGGCGGUGGCGUCGGAAGCGGCGGCGGCGGCGGCGAAAGCGGCGGCGGCGAAAUCGGCGGCGGCAGCGAAAGCGGCGGCGGCGGCGGCAGCGAAAGCGGCGGCGGCGGCGGCAGCGAAAGCGGCGGCGGCUGCGGCAGCGAAAGCGGCGGCGGCAGCGGCAGCGAAAGCGGCGGCGGCAGCGGCAGCGAAAGCGGCGGCGGCAGCGGCAGCGAAAGCGGCGGCGGCGAAAGCGGCGGCGGCGAAAGCGGCGGCGGCGGCGGCGAAAGCGGCGGCGGCGGCGGCGAAAGCGGCGGCGGCGGCGAAAGCGGCGGUGGCGGCGGCGAAAGCGGCGGCGGUAGCGAAUGUGAAUGCAGAUGCAGCUGGAGGUGAAAUGUCGGGGCAAGGCCUCUGGGAAAUUUUAGAAAUGAGAGAGCCGGUGUUGUGCGUGCGCUGGUACGCGGCACGGCGGGGGGAGGCGGCCUUCUCGAUUAUCAGUGUGCUGCUAUGGGCUGCAGAUGUAACAGCCGACGAUGCAGCCGCUGAGAUGCUGCGACCCCGCUUCCGCAACCGGCAGGACGCUGAGUCGAACACCGGAGACGUCACUGGCUGCAACCACGCCCGGCCCACCGUUGACAGGCGAAGCCCUCAGCAACACCUCUAA